GGCAAUUCCCGGUUUCCAAGUUUCAUCAUUGCCGCCGAAAAGAAAAGAUUCCAAACAUUAAAUGGCUAUGUGUUGGGAGACUUACCAUUGAGAGCUUGCGCGAUAGAAGAGGCAUUCAAUCGACGUAACUUCAUCUCAGUUCAAAACUCAAUCUCUGAAAAUUUCUACUUAGACGACAGUUGAAGUAGAAUCGCGCACUUGAGCAAGUAGCUUCGUUGAGGACACUUGAAGGUCAAAGCAAUGGAGGGCAAAGAGUUGAAUCUAUCAAAUACAGUUGCCAUCAAAAUCAAUUCCGAAAUGACAAUAACAAGAGCAUUUAAGAAAUCAGUGUUGGUGAUGGUGGAAGACUUACGUGUCAACUCCUACUGCAAUGUUACUGAGGUUCUUAAGAAAAUAAGGACAUAUCUAAGCCAAGAGGAAUUGACAGAGUUCAGCAAUACUGUCUUUGGUUGUAUGUUAAGAAUAGAAGACAUGCCCUGGCUCAGUGGACAAUUGCUUUUGGGAUUAAUUGGAAACUUUGUGACUGAAGUUAAUGGAAACACAGACAACAGUGUCAUCAGGUUUCACAUUAAAGACAGUGUCAUAAGUUUUCAGAAGCAUGAUCUGGCAAUAAUGUGUGCUUUAAAGUUUGGAGCCGUGAAGCCAAAUAUUUCAGAGGAGCUUCAGGGAGAUAUAUGGACAAAUUAUUUAGGAGCCAAGACAAGUGUGACUCGUGCAGAUAUUCAGAAUGCAUUGAAGAGUUACAAGAGCACUGAUGAGAGCAGACUGGCAAAGGAUGGAGUGAAACUGGCAUUGCUAUACAUACUGUCACAUUGCUUGUUUGGCAAUCAACCUGCUAGACCAAUGAAGGCAUACUACAUAAAUCUAGUUAAUGAUUUGGAUGCAUUCAAUGGUUAUCCAUGGGGUGAUGACGUUUGGGUGGAUUUAGUUAACAAGGUGAAACAGAGUUGUGAGGCACUGGAUAAAGGAAAAGGAGAUAGAGUGACAUUCCCUGGCUUCAUGGUGGCAUUCCAGUGGUGGGCAUUUGAAACAUUUCCUGGUUUAGCAAAAGCUGGUUUGUGCAAGGUAAUGAAGGGGGUAGAAAACAUCAUGCCAAGGACUCUAAAGUGGGAAUUUAAAAAGAAACCUACACUGGAGGUGCUUUGUGAAAUUAUAUUCAAGAAUGACAAGUUUGAAUGGACGCAGAUUGUACCAACUGCGGAUGAGAUUGCUAUGAUAGAGGAAGGAAAUGAAAUAAAUGAGGAGGUGAUGCACCUUGUCAUCAACAAUGUUAGCAGAGUUGAUGCUGAAAAGCCAAAAACUAUUGCAGGAAAAGGGAAAGAAAAGGUGAUGCAGACCAGAGCAGGCAAAGGACAAACAACAAAAGCAAAGAAGGGCACUGGUAGAGCAAUCAAAUCUCAAGCAGGACCUUCUAAAAGAAGAAAGCAGACUGUGGUGGAGCAAGAGAGUGAUGAUGACUCGAGUGAGCAAGAGACUGAUGAAGGUGAAGAAACUGAGAGUGAUGAUUCUAAUGACAGUGGACGUGAAGGAGAGAAGUAUGUAGUUUUCAUGAGCAAAGACAGCAAGAGUAUGAAAAAAAAAACAUGAGAAAACAAGCAAAAGAGACUGCCAGAUUAGUGGCAGAAAUGAAAAAAAUUAAGAAGACUCAGCAAAAGCAAGAGGCUCUUUUGAAAGAUGUCAUUCUGAUGCUCAACAAAAUGUCCAAGGGUGUUGAGAAGAGUGAGCCUACAAUAGCAAGUGAAAAGGGUGAUACGGAUGAAGAAGAAAGUCGGCAAGAAGAAGAAAAUGUUAAUGAAAAAGAAGAUGAUGGAUUUGCCAUGACUGGGCAAGAUUCUGAGAAUGAUGAGCAGCCUGAGAUAAAGGAUGAUGAUGUUGCUGAUAUGCCUGAGGAAACUGAGUGCAUUAAUGCAGAGAUUGAGGAUGGUGUUGUACAGCAUGAGGGUGGCAAUAUAAAGAACAAGGAUGGUGUUGUAGAGAAUGAGGAUGGUGGUAUAGAGAAAGAGGAUGCAAAUGUUGAGAGUGACCAUUUAGUAGUGAAUAAGGAUGCUGAUGCAGAGGCUGAGGAUUCUAAAGAAGAGAUUGAGAAUGCUGGUGGUUUUUCUACAGACAAAAAUGAAAAAGAAAUGCAAGAGAAGAAAAGUAAGGAGAUACAGAAGAACACUGAAGAACAGGAACCUUGUGACAUGCCUACUUUUAACAUAUUGACUCAGUCUCAAGGUAGUGAGAAAAAAAAUGAAGACACUGUGCAAAUGCAAAAGGAGGGGCUAUCUGCACAAGAAGAUAAAACUGACACUGCAGCAUCUGGUUGGGGUGUGGGGUCACAGGACAAUAGCCAAUUUAUCAAAGAGAUGUGCAAGAGUGCAGAUGAAGCGGCAAAAAAGGCUUUUGAGAGCUAUUCUACUAAUCCAUGCAGAGCAAUCAUAGUAAAGACUGACUAGGAGGAUCUUCCCAAACAAACACGUGUUGUUAGGUCACCAGUGAAGCACAUGGGAACUGAGCAUGCAUCAAAGAGGAGAGAAAAGGGAAAGAAAAGAGAAGAUGAUGAAUUUCUGCCACCCAUGAAGCAAAUAAUUGGACCUUUCUCUGAAGAUCCAACAGACAGCCCACCAGUUGAAGAAAUAGAGAGGGUGAAAGCGUACCUGCAAGUUGGAUUGCUGAAGAACUUCCAAAAAAAUAAAACCGGCAGAAGGUACAAAAUAGAGGAAGACAGAAUGACUGAAAAACCAUUCUUGCUGGACACAAUGAAAGUUGAAUCCAAAACAUGGUUAUACGACCUGUUUAUGAAUCACCAAUGGAUAACUGACAAGCAUGUUGAGGUAGUAAUGUACUAUUUCAACAUGAAAAGGGUGCAUUACCAAAUGCCUCAGAAGUUUACCACAACUGGACCAUUUUUCUUGCAAAUAGUCAAGCGUGAACUUGAUACAAUAUCAAAGGGUCACUACACAUACCACAAGUCAGCAGAAGAAGAAAACAUUGUGCGUGAAAUAAUAGGUUCUAACAACUUUAGCCUGCACUGGAGCAAGGCAGACUUUGUGUACCUUCCUCUGAAUACUGGACAUCAUUGGGUCUUGUUAGUGCUUGAUAUCAAGCAGAGAAAAGUAAGGGUGUACAACUCCAAUGCCAGAAAAGGUGAUUCACUGAGGGAUAUCAGAUCCUAUAUUCCAAGCAUAACAGUGCUCCUACCCAAACUAAUGGAUUAUCAUCAAGUGUACGCAUUGAUGGGUGAAGAGCCUAUGGGCGAAAGGUUUUUGGAAGUCGAGCCUGUAGAAGAAUGUCCACAGCAAGAUGAUGGGGGAAACUGUGGAAUGUACAUGUUGAAGAUUGCAGAAUUUCUAAUGAUAGGGAUGGACAUGGAUGCCAUAUAUCCUGAAGCAAUACCAUUCUUUAGGCAAAAAAUGGCAACUGAGUUGAUACUAUAUAGCGAGAGAAGGCAGUGUCAGAAAGAAUGAAGUGAUGCUUUAGAGACAAUGAUGCUUUUGUUGGAAGACUAUUUCAUAUGUACUAGUACUUUUAAUAUCAUGGCAUGACAUCAAGUACAUUUGUUUGGGAACUUAUGCUUAUCCUUUCUUAUUAUUUUCGAACAGCAUGUUUGACUUUUUUAAAACAAUCAGUUGCAUUGUGUUUUGAAUAUAUGACAUUUGGUUUAGACAUUAUGACAUGGCAUUGUGAGAUUGCAUUUUAUUGAAUUUUGGGUCAAAUAGUGAUCGUUUAUCUACAACAUAUUUGACAUUCGGA